AACUUCGGUUUUCAUGAAACGUCAAAUAUCCCAUGAACUUAAAUGCCAUUGUACAACGCCGGUUAAAUAAGACACCUGCUAACCUUUUAUACAGUAUCGUGUCUAUAUAAGAAAACUGUCAUUUCAUCGAUAGGUUGAAUGCUUGCAGUUAGAAUGAGUAAUUUACGAAAAUUUAUAGAUAUCGGAGCCAAUUUGACAGAUCCUAUGUAUCAAGGAAUUUAUCAUGGAUCUCAGAAACAUCAGCCAGAUUUGGAUAAAGUUUUAGAACGAAGUUGGAGCAACAAUCUUUCAAAAAUUAUUAUUACUGCCGGUAAUAUAGAAGAGAGCAAAAAGGCCCUUGAAAUAGCACGAACAGAUGAACGUCUAUUUUCUACAGUUGGUUGUCACCCAACGCGUUGUAAUGAAUUUGAAGAAAGCGGUGACCCAGAAGGCUAUCUCAAAUCAUUGUCAGAUUUAGCUACAAACAAUAAAGACAAGAUUGUUGCUAUUGGUGAAAUGGGAUUAGAUUAUGAUAGAUUACAAUUUUGUUCCAAAGAUGUUCAAAAAAAGUAUUUUGAAAUGCAAUUAUCAUUGUGUUCUACAUUAAAGUUACCAAUGUUUUUACACUGCCGCAACGCUAGUGAUGAUUUUGUAAGAAUUUUAAGAAAACAUAAGGAGACAUUAACAGCUGGUGUUGUACACUCUUUUGAUGGCAAUCCAGAAGAGGCUAAUUCUAUUUUACAAAUGGGAUUGUAUAUUGGUAUUAAUGGAUGCUCUCUUAAGACCGAGGAAAAUCUGUUUGCUGUUACAACAAUUCCAUCAGAUAGGUUGAUGAUAGAAACUGAUUGUCCAUGGUGUGAAAUAAGGCCAACUCAUGCUUCUGUAAAAGAUGUUAUUACCCACUUUCCAUCCAUUAAAAAAGAAAAGUGGCAACCCGAUCGGAUGGUUAAAGGAAGAAAUGAACCAUGCACUAUAGUCCAAAUUUUAGAAGUACUCGCACGGAUCAGAGAUGAAGAAGAGGAAUAUUUAUGCAAUCAAAUAUACAAAAACACAAUGAAAGUUUUUUUUCCUCAUGAACUUUAACAUAUUAAUCGAGAAUGAAAUACUUGUAAUCAGCGUGUGUCUAGCAGUACACACUCGUACAUAUAAUCAGGGAAGAAAGCUGUGAGACUAUAUAUAAUGCGAAAAAGAAAAAUAAUUUCUACCAAAUUCAUUUCUCAGAAGGAAGAAAAUGAAAGACUCAUUUUUACAGAGCUUAAUGGAUGUGGCGAGCGUCAUACUCCAACGAUCUCUUUUCAUAUAAAAUAUUUUCUUGUUAAAAUUAUCAUUAUCACUAUAAUCAUCGCCAUUAGUUGCAUUACUAGCGCUAUUACAAUUAUAUUUAUAAUAAUAAUUAUUACCACACCUAUAUUUAUCAACAUUAUUCUACAACUCCUAUGAGCAUCACUAUUAUUCUUAUUACCAUCAACACAUAUUAAGCUAAUAUUUUAUAUUUAUAUGUAUAUAUAUAUUAUAAAAUUAACCAUACUCUCUACUCCUCCUUUAUUUUUAUAAAAAAAGAGAGCAAAAAAAUAUCUUUAUUUAAUACAUCCUUCAAUUCACACAUUAA